UCCACUCUGGUCCUCUUAAGAGGAUGGGUGCACAAAUUAGGAGGAAGUCAGUUAAUCUCUUGCCCCAUCUGUUGAUGCUCCCGAGAUUUAUUUUUCGUCUAACACAUAGCAUCCUCCGCUUCACUUCACCUCUGUCGAAAUGACACCUCGUGAUGACGUCGCGGUUUAUCGGCACUUCGCAUUCGUCCGUGUGAGGGACUCUCAGAAAGCUUUUUAUGGCUGUUCUGUUGCAUUCUAAAUAUGGGAAGACCUGUCAGAUCUCACGCAACAUUUUAAGAUGACCAUUUGUGUGGUAUAAAGUGGGCGGGAGCAGCAGCCGUGGGUAUUAAUGAACUACUGUAUAGUGCUGAUGACUCUUGUAUGGAACCUUUUUUGAUUAGCACUCAAGGCAAAGUCAAAUGCACUGUAUCACUUUGUUGGGUAAUCUAUCAAAGUCUAAUUAAAUUAGGGGCUUGCCUGAUGCAGGAACUUAAACAGGAACUUACUAUUGAGUGGUUGACAGACCUCUGUAGUCAUUUACAAAGCCACCCAUUAUGCUGCGUUAUGCAAGGCCAGAAUUCAGAUGAUUAAAAUACAUUGAAAAGCAAAACUUCCAAACACUGAUCUUUACUUUUUACGCUCAGCCGCACUUCGUGCUUGCCGACCUUACGUCACCGGGCCAAAGCGCCUUAAUCGGUGGCGAAGUCCGCUGCCGUGAGGGUCGCUGCUGCCAUGGGCUCAGCAUUGAGAUUGACCGCCGUCCUGGUGGCGAGGUCCCCUGAUGACCGACUUGGUCCGGCUAAGGAGCGGGGACCCAGCCCAAGGUGGUCUGUGCCUCGUUCUUGGCUGUGCCAGAAGAGGCUGGCCGGCAGGGACGCUCUGAUGGUCCCUGAUGGGAUUUUUUUGGAUCGUCACAAGGGGUGAAGCUCCAGACUUGUACGAAGUUGGAUUGAUGAGAAACAUGUCCGAGAAGUUGCGUCCACCCUGCAGUCGCUGAAUCAUGGGAAAUGCGGAAAGCCAGCACGGGGAGAAUGCCUUCUUUGGUACGGAACGUGGCUAUUUGUCACGGAAGCAUAUGUCGCGUUCUCUCCGCAUCUCUAACAAGCAGUCGCGACACUGUCGGCACACCUCGUCGGGCAAGAUAGAGCACAGGAACUCUGAGGCCAGCACGCGCUCCAGCAGCACCCCCAGCAUCCCGCAGUCCUUGGCUGAAAAUGGUCUGGAGCCUUUCAAUGAGACCAACAUCCUGCCUGACUUUGGAAGUCCCAUCUGGGUGGACCGGGUGGUUAUGAACCUGAGGCCCAUGUCCUUCCACCACGACCUGUCCAGUCCCACGGCGCACGGCAACACCAUGCUUAUCACCCUCCCCGGGCCCACCGCGGACGAGGUGCAGGAUGAGGACAUUUACGCGGGCGAGGUAACGUAUCUCCAGGACACUCGGGACUGCACCAAGGAGCCUGCCGGUUUUAUGAAGAAACGAUCUAAGUCGGCGGACACGUGGCGAGACGACAGUCUGGAGUACUCCCUGUCAGAUCUCAGCCAAGACCACCUGACCAGCACGGAGGAGAUGAUAACCCCUGGCACAGAGCGGGACUUGAUGGACGAAGGCCCGCUGCAUUCCACUCCCGGAGACUCCACAGACCGGGCCAACUCCUUAGACGAACUGUACAACCAAAAGACCCCCAGUCGCAGGCAACCCAACGGCCGCUACACCAAAUUGCACGAUGGCAAACGAGGCGCCGGAGGGAGCGAAGAUGAGAAAAUGAUCUGUGAGGAGGGCAGCAACACAUACAGCGCCUUCACGCUGCCUUGCAGACGCUCGCAUUGCCUCUCUGAAGGCUUGCGCGCGUCCCAGGCCCCCAUGAGCGCCACCAUGCAGGGCAGGAGGGCGCAGACCAUUCAGGACGUCACCGGCGGCGAGGGUACCGAGUACGAGGACAGCGGCAUCGACGGGGUGACGGCCGAGGCCGAGUCCCGCCGCUACAAGACCAUGUCGGCCUCCUUCUCCGUGUGCUCGGCGGCGGGCGGCAGCGUGUUCGCCGGCAGCGACAGCGGCAGCAGCAACGGCGGCGGCGGCGGGACCGCCGAUUGCGCCCAGGGUGUCUAUGAGAACUUCCGCCAAGAGCUGGAGAGGAGCUCAUGCCAGACGGAGAGCUUGGAGGAGGUGCUGAGCGACGAGCAGAGCACUAUGAGCUCCGCCUACCAGUCGGACCCGCUGCUCGGCGCAGGCGCGCAGGGGAUGGUGCGCAAAGCGGGGGGGCUCGCUGUCAAGAACUUCCUGGUGCACAAGAAGAACAAGAAGGUGGAGUCGGCCGCCAGACGCAAGUGGAAAAGCUAUUGGGUGUCCCUCAAAGGCUGCACUCUUUUCUUCUAUGAGACCGACGGGCGCUCGGGAAUCGACAACAACAGCGUUCCCAAGCACGCCAUCUGGGCGGAGAACAGCAUCGUGCAGGCUGUACCCGAGCAUCCCAAAAAGGACUUUGUGUUCUGCCUCAGCAACUCCCUGGGAGAUGCCUUCUUGUUCCAGACGUGCAGCCAGACCGAGUUGGAGAACUGGAUCACGGCCGUCCACUCGGCGUGCGCCACUGCCGUCGCCCGGCAGCACCGGCGCGAGGACACGGUCCGCCUGUUGCGUGCCGAGAUCAAGAAGCUGGAGCAAAAGAUCGACAUGGACGAGAAGAUGAAGAAGAUGGGCGACAUGCAGCUGUCCGCCGUUACCGACGCCAAGAAGAGGAAGACAAUUCUGGAUCAGAUCUUCUUGUGGGAGCAGAACCUCGAGCAGUUCCACAUGGAUCUCUUCCGCUUCCGCUGCUACCUGGCCAGCCUGCAGGGCGGCGAGCUGCCCAACCCCAAGCGCCUGCUGGCCUUCGCCUCGCGCCCCACCAAGCUGGCCAUGGGCCGCCUGGGGAUCUUCUCCGUCUCGUCCUUCCACGCUCUGGUGGCGGCUCGGACGGAGAGCGGCGUGAGGCGGCGGGCGCACGCCAUGUCACGCUCUUGCAGCAAACGCAAAAGCCGCUUCUCGUCCCUCUGGGGGCUGGACACCACCUCCAAGAAGAAGACCAGGGCCCACCCCAGCAUCAACCAGGUCUUCACAGAUGGAGAGGAGCUUGUGAAAAAGACUCCAGAUGGAAUAUACAUCGACUCGCCAAAGGAGCCCCAACCAAACGAGGAGGCAACGGGGAAGAGCAUCCCGAGGCCCAGCACGGAGAGUGACAUCUGGCUGCCGGACCACCUCACCCCCUCCUGGGUGUGUCUGCCCAACGACCAGCCGGUGCUGACCAUCAUCCAGCCCGGCGAGUCGGCGCUGUGCGUGUUGGAAACCAUAUGCAAGGCCCACCACCUGGAUCCCACCAAGCACUACCUUCGGCUCAAGUUCCUCAUCGACAACCGAGUUCAGUUCUACAUCCCCAAACCGGAAGAGGACGUGUGCGACCUGCUUUACAAAGAAGUUGAACUCUGCCCCAAAAUCACAAAAGUGGUCCAGUUUGACCGAGACGAGUCAUGCAUGAUUGGUUACGGUUUCUCCAUCUCGGUGGUGGAGGAGGACCGAGUGCAGCAGCUUUACAUCACGGACGUGAGGGCGGGCGGGCUCGCCUUCGCUAAAGGUCUAAACGCAGGCGACGAAAUCCUGCAACUGAACGGGAAGGAGGCCCAGAGCCUGGACUUCUCCGACAUGAAGGCGGCGUUCUCGCUCUCGUCGCUGGCGUUGACCGUCAGCACGUUGCCUCCCCUGGAGCGCCGCCAGCUCUGCUUCCUGCCGCCGCGGCGCUCGGACGUGGAGGAGGACCUCUACACGGACAUCUUCUCCCAGAGCCAAGAGGAAAUCCUGGACGACGGCGUGGGGCUACUGCUGGAGAGCUCGGGAGACAGCUUGGACGACGACGACUGCGAGAACUUCGGCCAGAAUGACGACGGCAGAAAGAAUACAGAGCAAGUGGCCGCCUUCUGCCGCAGCCUCCAUGACAUGAAUCCCCCGGAGUGCCCGUCCUCGUCCUCGCCCAGCCCGGACUCGCCCUUCCCGCCCGCGCUCCGCCAACUCUCGGACGCCGACAAACUGCGCAAGGUCAUCAGCGAGCUGGUGGAGACGGAGCGCACCUACGUCAAAGACCUCAACUGCCUCAUCGGGAGAUAUUUGAGCCCACUGCAGAAAGAGACCUUCCUCAGCCAGGAUGAGCUGGAUGUUCUUUUUGGAAAUCUUCCAGAAAUGGUGGAGUUCCAGGUGGAGUUCCUUAAGACUCUGGAGGAUGGAACCCGACUGGUUCCCGACCUGGACAAGCUGGAGAGAGUCGACCAGUUUAAAAAAAUCCUGUUCUCCCUGGGAGGCUCGUUCCUCUACUACGCCGACCGCUUCAAGCUGUACAGCGCGUUCUGCGCCAGCCACACCAAAGUCCCGAAGGUCCUCGUUAAGGCCAAAAGCGACCCAGACUUCAAGGCCUUCCUGGACGAACGCAACCCCAAGCAGCAACAUUCGUCCACGCUGGAGUCGUACCUGAUCAAGCCCAUCCAGAGGGUCCUCAAGUACCCUCUGCUCCUCCGGGAGCUCUACUCGCUCACUGACCCGGACAGCGAGGAGCACUACCACCUGGACGUCGCCAUGAAGGCCAUGAACAAAGUGGCCAGCCACAUCAACGAGAUGCAGAAAAUCCACGAGGAGUUUGGCGCUGUGUUUGACCAGCUCAUCACCGAGCAGAGCGGUGACAAGAAGGAGGUUGCUGACUUGUCCAUGGGGGACCUGCUGCUCCACACCAGCGUGACAUGGAUCAAUCCACCUGCUUCCUCAGGAAAGUGGAAGAAGGAGCCCCAAAUGGCCGCUUUUGUGUUCAAAAUGGCUGUUGUCUUCGUUUGCAAGGAUGGGUCCAAACAGAAAAAGAAAAUGGUUGGGUCCCACCGAGCGUCGAUGUCUUCUGAAGAGAAAGACCCCUUUAGGUAUCGUCACAUGAUUCCGACAGACGCCCUCCAAGUGAGACCCUUGGCUAACGCGGACGGCGAGGGCACGUCCGUGUGCGAGAUCGUCCACACCAAGUCGGAGUCCGAAGGCCGGCCGGAGCGAGCCUUCCAGCUGUGUUGCAGCUCCCCGGAGAGCAGGAAAGACUUCCUGAAGACGGUGCACUCCAUCCUGCGGGAGAAGCACCGGCGGCAGCUGCUGAAGACGGAGAGUCUGCCGCUCAACCAGCAGUACGUGCCCUUCGGAGGGAAACGCCUGUGCGCGCUCAAGGGCGCUCGGCCCGUCAUAAACCGAGCAGCAUCUGCACCAACCAGAACCUUUGGUCGGAGAAAGCUGGUGCGCAACCGCUUCACCAUCGACACCGACAUCGUCUUCGACGGCGAGCCCGAGCGAGAUCCCGCUUCCCCUCCGGACCCCGAGGACGAGGGGACGGAGCUGGAUUGCGACCGGCUUCUGUCGUCGUCGUCGGACGCCGGCGACACGGACCGCUGGGUGGAAGAACAGUUUGAUCUCAAAGAUUACGAAGACCCCGAGGAGGUGAAGGAGACGGACAUCCUGAGCGACGAAGACGACGGGGUCCGCCUCGACGCCUCCGUGGCCGCGUUGUCCCUGGAAGCCGAGAGUCCCGGGUACGGCGAGCCCUCGGCCACGAGUGACACCAACGAGGAGGGGGCUCACGUUUGGGUGCGGCGGAAGCAUCCGGAAUGCUCGCCCGACUGAAAGUGCAUCUCGGGCGGCUUUCGACGGUUUCCAUCGCAACGCAUGGACUGUUAGACAUGAACUAAUCAUAGUACAAUCAUGGAAUCCUAAUCACGUGCUUUGAUGACCGGCAGUGUUUGCACACCAGGGCGGCGCCGUGCAGCCCAGCCCGCUGUUGCCAAAUUACACUCGUCACAAAGAAUUCGGUCUAUUAGGCUUUCGAGUGAAAUUUCAGAUCGACUCCAAUCUUCACAGGUGAAUGUAAUUUAACUUUUUUUUUAACUUUUCAGUGUCGAUCACUUCCAACGUUUCAGUACUUUUUAUGAAUCUUAUGUUCUCCAGGAGGUGAAUGACCGAGGACGUCCACUUUCAUUCCUUUCUGUAACGCCUCCAGUCUCUUUGCAUGUCUGUGACAGACUAAGCUCAGUGGUCACUUCCAAAUGAGAGCAUCAUUUUGAUGAAUUUUGUCAUCUUCAUCUCACAAAUGAAAAUUGUGUGAUGAAGAAGACUCCUUAAAUUCCAAUUCAACCAGGAAAUGUACCGGUCCAGUCGUGGUUCAAACAAGUUCAGUGAAUUUAACCUUUCCCUCUUUCGAGAAGAGCGGGUUGUUCAAAAAGUAUUUGGAAUUGUGCACCCAAAAGUCAAAUUUAGGUCACCUCCAAAGGCUGUAGUUCAGUUUCGGUUGAUCCUGAAACUUCACCCGAAAGCUGGAAUACCGAAUAUCUCUAACUUUGUGUGAGUAGUGUACGUAUUCAUGUGACUCGGAUAGAAUUUUAUAUUUGUUCUCACAGAAAUGAAAUAAGUAAUAGCAAAUGGCGUCGUGUAUUGCAUCAUUUAAUGGACUACUGUUUUCAGACUCUUAUUUUGUUUAUGUAAUAUUCUUAGUUUUACAGAUUUUUUAGUCUGCUUUGGUUCCCUGAGUACAUUUUUUGGGGGGGGUAACAAUCUGUUCAUUUUUAUUGGUUUUCAUUUGACAUAAUCCUGUUUUACUUGAAUAUUUCUUUUCAUGUUUUUGUUUACUGUAAAACAUUCCACUUUUCUUGCUCUUCAGUAUUUCCUUUCCAAGAAAAUCUUCUCAUUUCUCGUGCACUCGUCUCGAGAAUUUGCACAUGAGCUGUUUUUUUUUUUUUUGUUUGUUUUUUUUAAGAAAAAGGUCUUCACUGGAUUUCAAAGCAAUGUUUUAUUACUAUUUAUUGAGUUGUAAAUGUAUUUGAUAGCAAAGGUAAAGGAUGCUCCAAAUGUGCUCAAGCAAUCAACUGCAAGAGGGAAGAUGUGCAGUUUUUGGUCAAGUGUGUUGAAGUAAUUGCGCUACCAGGACUGCAUUUUUAUUAUUACUGUGCCUGUACAUAAAAAUGUAUUGAUAUUAUAAUUAAAAAAAACUGUUGU